AUGAAUUCAUGCAUUCAUGGGUCCCGUUCGCUGGAGUGCGGCCGCCCCCCGCGCCCCUCCCCGCACCUGUGCGCACACGCACGCACCCACCGCGUCGCGACCCGGGACCCGACCAAGAAAAGCCUGGUCGCAGCCAGCAGCUGUUUUGACACUUGGACUUCAUCUGGGGAGCUUCCUGUAGUUCAGGCUCCCAAGACUAGGCGAGCUAGGGUUGAAAAGUGUCCGCAGUCACGACUACCUACAAAAGUGUUCACAGUUUCCAAUUUAGGAGAUACCUCAAGUUCCUCUGAUCGCUCCAGCCUGAAGAGGAUAGUGAAGGAUGUAUUAUCACUAGCAAAUUAAUUUAUUUUAGAUCACCCAGAUUUGAAACAUAUUGACCCAGUGGUUUUAAAGUAUUGUCAUGCGGCAGCUGCAACUUACAUAUUGGAGGCAGGAAAGCACCGGGCUGACAAUUCCACUCUGAGCACUUACCUGGAAGACUGUAAAUUUGACAGAGAGAGAAUAGAACUGUUUUGCACGGAGUAUCAGAAUCAUAAGAAUUCCCUGGAAAUCCUACUGGGGAGUAUAGGCAGAUCUCUCCCUCAUAUAACUGAUGUUUCUUGGCGCUUGGAAUAUCAGAUAAAGACCAAUCAACUUCAUAAGAUGUACAGACCAGCAUAUUUGGUGACCUUAAAUAUAGAGAACCCUGACUCCGGGUCCUACCCAGAUAUUAGUUUUAGUUGCAACAUGGAACAAUUGCAGGACUUGGUGGGGAGACUCAAAGAUGCUUCGAAAAGCCUGGAAAGAGCAACUCAGUUAUGAGUUGGGAUAGCUAAGCCUUGGCUGAGGCUGGAAGAAAACCAGAACUGCCCUGCCUUCUGCCGAGCCGUCGUGUGUGCGACCUGGAAGUUCUCAUUUUUUUUUCUUCUGUGUGUGUGUGUUGGGGGGGGGGGGAAUCUUCCAUUCCUGCCACUGUUCGAACACUUGGGUAUUUUUUUUUUAAUGUCCGUGAAAAGGUUAUAGGGAAAUUCUGCCGGAGUAUUGGAAUCCCCUUUCGUAUUAACUGUUUCUCCUCUUUUGAUCUUUGUCAAGUCCCACAAAAUAAAAGUGUUGCACCCUGA